GGAAAAUCUGCUUGAAAUUAGUACGAAACGAGGCUCUUGUUAGUUUAAACGACGUAAUUUGCGGUGGAAAAAUUUAAGGUUUGUGCGCUGAACUUUUGAAAUACUUACCUACUCAAGAGUGUAAAUAAAAUGAUAGAUAAGUGCAAUAAUCAUGGAGUUUAAUAGCAAAGGUUCACUUUUAAAGAAAGACGUUAACAGUUUUACUACGCCUUACCAGGAAAAUUCCAGGAAAACUAGCGCUGAGAUUAUUAAUGAGGCACGUUUGGCUAUAAAAGAGUCACAAAAUCCCGAACCCAACUUUACAUCCCCAGCCAUCAGACCGCUUCACACCCAAAGACCAUUCACUCCAAGAGACAAAGAACGUCAUUUAUUUGGCAACAAAAGAGCUAAAGGAGACAGGCCACCCAGUUCAUUUAGCCUACGAUAUUUGCAAAAUGAAACAGAUCUACCAAUCACUCCACCUGAUAACAGCGGCGUCUUUGGUCCGAGUACUUAUGUUUCCAGACACCCUGCAACUCCCAGAAUAACCGAGCUCAAAAGACACAACAGAUCGAACUCUGUGACUGAACUAAAUGGGGCUAUUUUCAAUAUUGGACUCAAAGAAUCGUGCAAAGUUAAAUUGCCUUCAUUAAGCAACAGACCGUUGCAGAAAAGGAAGCUUUUCAAUACUACUACAUCAUUGGAUAACUUACCCGAAGAAACCGAAUAUAAAUCAUCAGAUCGUCGGAAUGUGGAAUCACGAAACGCCUUCAGCUCGCCGCAAGAACGUACAGAUUUCAACCCAAACAGCAGCCCUUUUGGUCGACCUUCAGCCAAACAAUCCAACCUUUCAGAAUGCCUCCUCUUGGGACCACAAAACCUGAUAAAGAUCUUCGACAACAAGCACAUCAUCGAAAACUCAGAGAGCCUAUUUACCAGCACAGGUUAUCUAACAAAACAACUACCGUUGCACAAACAGAACGACUUAAGUAAAAGCUCGAAUUAUUCGGUUUUAGUUGAUGGUACUAGAACUAUUGAUGAUAUUAUGAACGAACUGAAUAAAGCUGAUCCGAAGAAUUAUAACGAUGAGAUUGUAAAGAGUCUGCUUGAAGAAAUGUAUGAGUUUAUGGAAAAGGAUGGACUGCUGGAUGGUAAAAUUAGUUCGAAGUUGAGGAUUGUGAUAUUAAAAUGCUUGUAUCGGUUUGUGGAAUCGAAAAACGAACAGAUAUUGAUUAAUAUUGCUCAAAUUAUUUUGGCAAUGAAAGUCACUGGCAAUAAUUUGAGUGGCGUAUGUAAACUUAUAUUUAAAAUUUCCAAAAAUGAUAGAAAUGAUAAUUUGUUUUUGAGGAAAAGUCUUUUAGAAUUAUUUUUGGAUGCUUUGGGAAGAUCGAGUCCAAUAGAUGAUGCUGAAGCUUGCGUAUAUGCUUAUGGAGCGUUGAAGUUUCUUACUAUGAAUUCAAAACUUUUACAAAAAGUUCUGGAUUUGGGAAUUUUGCCACUUAUGGUUUUGCAUAUAAAAUUAAUCAAUACUGCGAAAACAGAUAAAACUCCAUUACCGAAACAAACCAACCACGUCCUUUUCCAACUAACAGGAGCUUUAAGAAAUUUAGUUUCCGAAGAGCACAUUUAUGACAAUUUCAUUUUCUGCGGCACAAUACCACAACUUUGUCAAUCGUUGGAGUUAUUUUCAAACGAUGCCGAUAUUGUGGCCAAUAUAUCACGUACUUUGAGUACAAUAUCUACAAACGACGUAUGUUGUGAUAGUUUAGUUGAAAUCGACAACAUUUACAAAACAUUUAUAAGGCUAUUUAAAAUCUAUGAGGAAAACGAGGAAAUUAUUGUAAGGCUGACGUACACUCUGGGUAAUAUAGUUGCGAAGAUUGACAAUACAAGAGUUAAGUUUUUCAAAGAAGAAAAUUCAAUUGAAAGUUUGUUAAACUUAUGGACGACCUACUUAGAAAGGACUUUGCAGUUAUGCUCAUUAAAGAUAGACAAUAUCAAUGUGUCUAAUGGAACCAGUGAGGAUGUGAUGAUAAAGGUUAUUCGAGUGAUAGCAAACAUAGUUAUAAAUCCGGAUAUAGGCAAGGCAAUCAACGAACAAUACGGUAAUAGGCUGAUCGAUGAAUUUUUAAAAGUAUUGAUCAGCAAUCCGUUUAAAAAGAACGAAGAGCUUGUAUUAUCUAUUUUGAGUACGUUGAAUAAUUUGUCGUAUUAUUAUUCGAGCGACUUGGAAUUGGAUGUCUUCCAUGUGAAACAAAUUGAUAUUGUUGAAAGUAUAAUUGAAUACACAAAAUCGAGAAAUGGCGACUGUGUCACCGAGACAAUGCGAAUUUUGGGAAACCUAUCACGAUCAAAAAUAACGAGAAAUUAUAUUACAAAAUCAGAAAUUUUUGAGACCCUUACUGGUCUCCUAGACAUGAUGGCCGAACCUACACUACUAAAAACAACGAUUGGCGUUUUCGUAAAUCUAAUGUCCGAUACUAGAGCAAGAAAAUUAUUCAAAGCUAGCGGAGGGGUUUCAAAAUUGGUAUCUAUCUUGAUUAAAUACUGCGAAAAUGACUGGCUUUUGGGAAGUCUGGUUUGUCAAGUACUGUGGAACUACUGCAUAGAUACUGUUGAUUUGUAUGAAUUACUAAGUGAUGAGGAAAUACAUCAGUUGCUGGUACUUUUGGCUGAUUAUUUAGAUGAAGAAAAACUUUUUGGUAUCGACGAACACACGGAAGAAAUGGAGGUGUUUGUUACGCAAGAGUACCUUAUUUGGGAAGAGUUCGCUAAUGUGGCUACAAACCUUUUGGAGAAAAUUGAAUAUUUUUUGGACACAUUCGAUCAAAUCAACGAUGAAAACGGUGCCCAAGCUCAAGCUAAGACCAAAGAAUCUGGCACAAAUAUUAGUUUUUCAGCUUGGUAAAAUCAUAACUAUUGUAGUUUAAAAGUUGGAAUAGAAACAGGUAGUCUAGAACUAAUGUUAGUAUACAAUGAGUAUUUAGUAGACCAAAAUUUUUUAAACCAUCAAAGUUACUCUAGGACUUAUAAGGGUACUUUUAUAUAAAAUACUGAUUUCAACAACCCAAGAUGCAUGAACAAGUAAUUAAUUUGAAUAAAUACAAAAUAUAAGACAAAUCAAAUAUAUUUGGAAUUUUGGUCUACCCAGUACCUACUAUUUUUGACCAAUACUUGUAGAAAUAGUUGUAAUAUACUCAAUUCAUAAAAUUCACAAAUUAAUUUAGUCUCUAGAAUCUAGAUUAGUCGUUGAGCAAUAAAUAUUGUUGUUAUCCUAUUUAAUUAAUUUAUCAAUAAUAAAAGUUACUUCAGAAAAGGGUUGUGUUUAUUUAUAAUUUCUAAAAACUUAAAGAGUAAAUCUUGGAUUCAUGCAAUAUAUGAAUGAUAUUGAUACUGAAAAUUCUAGAAACUUGAGUCACAGUAAAAAGUUCCUUCUCAUAGUCCUGAUAGAUAGAGGCAAGAUUAGCUCUGAGGCAGAGAACUAGAUGGCUCACUUGUAAAAAUACAAUUAUUUAUAAAAAAAAAGUGAAAAAUCUAUUAACAGAUCAAUUAAUUAAAUUCUUUAGGCAUUAACCCAAUAAUAUUCCUAAUUUUUUCCAAUACAAUAGUAUUAUUACAAAUACAAUUAUCCAAACCAUAGGGCGGCAUGAUUAUUAGAUGAUCGUCGAUCUUUAAAUAAUCACCUAUUUCGUCUACAUUAAUACGCAUAUUUUGUAGCCAUUUUUUCAAUCUCAGUUUUUCUUGCACCAUAUCACUGCUGCUGUGAGUGUCCAUUUUCUCUUCUAAAUAUCCAUUUUUCACUUCCUCAGAUAAAAUUUCCAGAGAUUUGAUAGCGUGAUGGAGUAUAAAUACUGUAUUAUGUUUAUUAGGGCCGGUUUCCUUAGUGUGAAGCACUAUGGUCUUGUAAAUAGGGUCUAUUACGUAGACUAUACCCUCAAAGGAUGUUUCUUCAGUUGUGGUUAUUUUCACUGAUUUUCCUAUGAGGUUUUUCAUGUAUAAAGGGUCGUUUUUGAAGAUGUUAUCUUCGAAGAGGUCCAUUUCACCUUAACUAAUGAAUUUCUGCUGAUACUGGGUAGGUAAACACUUUAACUUAGUGGAAAGAUUAUGUAAUAUGUGAAAAUUGUUUCAAAGUAGCUCUUAAUUUCUGGCCAAAUUAAAUAAUUUAUAAAAGUUUGUUUUUUGCCCUUGCAUAUCUUGUUUUUGUUUACAAAAAUUUAAAAUUU